CAGCCUCACGUGACGCCGCGGCCACGUGACCCCCUCGCGAGCGCUGCGUUCCGGUCCCACGGCCCCGGGGUGCCGCACCCAGCCCCCUGCCCCACACCACCAUGCUGUCCCGCCUGCUCAAAGAACACCAGGCCAAGCAGAACGAGCGCAAGGAGCUGCAGGAAAAGAGGAGGCGAGAAGCCAUCACUGCGGCGACCUGCCUGACAGAAGCUUUGGUGGACCACCUCAAUGUGGGAGUGGCCCAGGCCUACAUGAACCAGAGAAAGCUGGACCAUGAAGUGAAGACCCUGCAGGUCCAGGCUGCCCAAUUUGCUAAGCAGACAGGCCAGUGGAUCGGGAUGGUGGAGAACUUCAACCAGGCACUCAAGGAAAUCGGGGAUGUGGAGAACUGGGCUCGAAGCAUUGAACUGGACAUGCGCACCAUUGCCACCGCCCUGGAGUAUGUCUACAAAGGGCAGCUGCAGUCUGCCUCCUCCUAACUCUCCUCCCUCCCCCUCACCUUGCCAUAGGGGCAAGAGGGACACUGAUGGGUCAUGAAUAAAACACAGCGUCCAUUUCUGUG